CCGGGCUAUCUGGUUUCUCUAUAAAAUGUAAGCAAACUGCACGAAUCGCUUCAUAAUUCUUCAUCAUCUAACAGGAGGAAAAAAAAAGCAGGAAUGAUUUACCUCUUUUUAAUUUGUUUGGUGUGUGUUGUGUUCGAAGUUAAUGGUACCAUAAUGGAUCUCAAUGUUCCUGGACAUAAAAGAGAUUGCACAAUUAAAGGGAAAUCGUUUAAACCUGGAGAAGAAUAUAUGGAUGAACAAAACUGUGAAUUAUAUUCUUGCAAGGCAUUUGAUAAUGGACAAGCUUACGUCGAUGCAUCAAUAUGUAGCAUAACAAUAGAGAUUAACGAUGAUGAUGGUACUGUAUGCUACUAUAAAAAGACAACAGGAAAAUAUCCGGAUUGCUGUAAUGGAAAAUUAGAAUGUACUGGGGAAAAGUACGAAACAUUAGGUUUUAACUAAAUAUAUCUAAAAUACAUGUUAAUGACGAAACAGAAGCUACUAUAAUACUAUCUCAUAUAAACUUUAUUCUAAUGUCUUAAACAUAACAUUUAAACUAUGUACUGUUGAGUAAAUUUAUUUAUCAAAUGUUUAA